GCACAAGCUAACCAGUGACAGGAUCCGGCUACCGUGCUGGCAAUCAUGGACAAGCUACCGGCCGAAUUGAUUUUAAAUAUCACCAGCUACCUUGCGCCCGAGGAUCUCCUCAACUUACAGCUCGUCUCAAAGGCCUUUCUCACUUUCGGCCGGGACGAUCUACUGUGGCGGUCCCUUUUGUAUGAGUCUGCUUGGCGCGAUGCCAACCCUUCUAUGUACAAUGCCCACAGGGCGCAGGUUAAUGGGCUUGAUCAUCAUGCGACACGUGCAGCUCCGUCCACACACUCGCACGACCCGAUAUAUGGGAAGGAGGGCAUCGACUGGUAUUCUGAGUACACGACGCGAAAUGCACCGAUUUCGAUUCGAUGGCUACAACAGCCAAAAUCAAAGGCACUUCACGGUGUUUGCAACCGCGAGAUCAAGGGCAUGGGGUUGCUGAAGCGCUCCGCUUAUGCUGAGUCGAGGAGAGUGGUAGCUCCGCUAGACAACGGCUCAGUUUGCGUUUGGGAUAUCAGCCAACAAAAACCUGGCGAGCCGACUGCUUCCUGGGGCCAGGUCGUUAACACAAGCAAGCGCGGCAUCCUAUUUCAUGACCAUUCGGGGCGAACUGGAACCUCGGCGAGAAAGCAUGUCAACGAAUCCUUGGUGGGUGGGAAUUGCGUGAACGUUGACUCGCCCCGUUCUAGGGUGUAUAUCGCAGUUGGAAACUGUGUAAGUGAAGUAGACCUUGCAGCUCUACAAGUCGUGUCACAACACAACUACCCACAAUGCGUCUCCUCUCUUUCACAGCGGCAGGUUGAUUACGAUGCUCCAAUUACGGUCGCUACGACCAAGGAUCUCUAUAUAUACGACCCCAGGUGCCCGGCCAAACCCGGUGCUCUUGACCAUACUACGACUGUUCAAUGCCUCACAGCUGAGCUUGCUGCUCUCGACGUGAAGCUCUUGUGCCCUCUCCCGCCACGCAACAGCGGCUCUGCCUCUUUGCCAAAACCAAUGGCUCUUUCGGUCCUUCAUCCUCCCCUGCCGGAUAUCAAUACAAUCUUUGUAGCUGGCCGGUUCCCUAGCAUCCUCCAGUAUGACCGGAGAUUCUUUUCAACUCUCCAGGAUACAAUCUAUUCCGGAGCACGGUUGAGCGCCUUGACAACUGUUCCAGAGGUUUUUCAUCUCGGUCUCGGUCGCGCUUGGCAAAAUCAUCGCGGAUUGGUCGCCUGUGGUGAGUAUAAUGGAAAGGGCUCCCUCGAAAUGUACGGAUUCUCGAAUGAGUCUUCCGCGUCCAGCUUUUGGGAUGCAGAACCAACUACUAUUGAUAAAUCUACGGUGUAUCAGAACCGCCAAUCAACCUCGGCUUCGAAAGUAUUGUCAGUUGCAACCCAUGGCGCAAAACUCGUCUAUUCUGAUGCAAAUGGGAAUGUUCGUUGGGUUGAACGAGAUGGUAAGACUCCGAUAAGAGUAUGGAACAUCAACCACGACCCUCAAUCCCGCGGUGGUAGGGAAGGUGUAGGGCGAAGGGAUCUGGAUGACUCGGGUGACAUAAUUCCAGAGACAAUUCCACCAGUUCUCCGUGUUCUUAUAGGCGAGCGCGGACGCAGUGAUUUCAUUCGCCAGUUACUAUCAACCGGUGGUGAUCUCACAGAAGAUGAGAUACUUGUUUGGACGGGAAGCCGAGUUGCUAGUCUUGGGUUUUAUCCGCAUCCGACCUCCUGCCCUAAGGAGGACAACGACCGUCGGGGUCCGGAAAACCUUGAUACAGAAAGGAUGGAAAGAGAAUACAUGGAAACUCUCGAGCGGUCAAUGCGCUCUCAGGCGCAUGAUCUCAAUCGGCUAGUGGCCGAGAUGCCAUCGACUAUCCGAUAGCGGAAACCGUAUGUUAGGUAGGAUGAUUCGAUUAUCUGAAGGAUUGAGUGCUUCCCUACCGCGCAAGUGUUCCUUUCAGCCCAAUUUUGUGGCCUGUCGCUCCCCUGGGGGACUCCAGUGAGCGAAUAGUUUAAUGUAUAAUGUCCCUUGAAAACAGA